UCAAAAUUCCAUAUAACCAGAGGCGAAAAAAGAAAUAAAAAUACAAAUGGCAAAGGAGGGUUUAGGACUUGAGAUUACAGAGCUAAGAUUGGGGCUUCCAGUAGAUAACAACGGUGAAAGAUUAGUUAGCGGAUCGAAGAAGACAAAGAGGGUGUUCUCGGAGAUGAUGAUAUCAUCAUCACUAGAUACUGACGGUGCAAACAGCGUCGUUUCGUCUGUGGACAUUGUCACCCGUGAGGUAGAGGAUGACUCUGUACCGAAGGAUAAGAGUCAGGCGGUAGGGUGGCCACCUGUGUGUUCUUAUAGGACAAAGAAAAACAACAAUAAAGAAUUAUCGAAAGCGAUAGGGUACGUGAAAGUGAGCAUGUACGGUGUGCCAUACUUGAGGAAGAUUGACCUUGGUUCCAGCAAGGGCUAUACUCAUCUAGCCACCGUUCUUGAGAAACUCUUCGGCUGUCUUGGUCUAGGAGUAGCAUUGAAGGAGGGGGAGAAAUUUGAAUACGUUAUUAUAUACGAGGAUAAGGAUAGAGAUUGGAUGCUCGUCGGAGAUGUUCCUUGGCAGAUGUUCAAAGAGUCAUGCAUGAGGCUGAGGAUCGUGAAGAGAUCAGAUGCAACCGGUUUUGGUCUGCAGCAAAAUUUAUCAUUGCAACUUGAGUAAAAAUUUUAUGCAAUUUACAAAAGAAAAACUUGAGUAAAAUUGUCCAUUACAGUAGAUUUU